AUGAAGGGUGCUGAAAAGGUCGCCGACGCUGAACUCUACAGACCAUUGGUCCAUGGCAAUAGGAGGAAGGAGAAAAGGUCUCUUCACCCCGAUGGGCACACACAAGAGCCGGGCGCAUGCGGUGGUCCGGAGGAGCCUCAAGCACCGCCCGCCGAUGGUGGCGCAUGCGGUGGUCCGGCCGUCGGGGGCAAAUGCCACAGCGUCGCCAACGCGCUGCGCCUGAAGCUGAUCGCCAUCGCGUCGAUCCUCCUCGCCAGCGUUAUCGGCGUGUGCCUGCCGCUCUUCUCCCGCUCUGUGCCGGCGCUCCGCCCCGGCGGCAACGCCUUCGUCGUCGUCAAGGCCUUCGCGUCGGGGGUCAUCCUCGGCACCGGCUACGUGCACGUGCUGCCGGACUCCUUCAACGACCUCGGCUCGCCCUGCCUGCCCCGGAGGCCCUGGGCGGAGUUCCCGUUCACGGGGUUUGUCGCGAUGCUCGCAGCCUUGGUCACGCUCAUGGUGGACUCGAUCAUGCUCUCGUUCCACAGCCGGGGCGACAGGGGCAAGGGAAGGGCUUCGGUCGCGCGCCAUGGCCAUGACAGCUGCCCUCCGCAGGUGCACUGUCACGGGCACGGGCAUCUAGAGAUGAAUGAGGCGAGGCCGGAGGCCGCGGACAAGGUGGACGAGGACGUGGAGGCCGGCAAGGUGCAGCUGCGCAGGAACCGUGUCAUUGUUCAGGUCCUGGAGAUGGGCAUCGUGGUGCACUCGGUGGUGAUCGGCCUCGGCAUGGGCGCGUCGCAGAACACCGAGUACGGCGCCAGGAUGAAGUCAGGGCUGGUCUUCUUCUUCGCCACGACGACGCCGUUCGGGAUCGCGCUGGGGUUGGCGCUCACCAAGGUGUAUAGUGACACCAGCCCGACGGCGCUGAUCGUCGUUGGGCUUCUCAACGCGGCCUCGGCGGGGCUGCUCCACUACAUGGCGCUCGUCGACCUCCUUGGCGCGGACUUCAUGGGGCCCAAGCUGCAGAGCAGCGUCAGGCUCCAGAUGGUCUCCUUCCUGGCCGUGCUCCUCGGCGCCGGUGGCAUGUCCGUCGUGGCCAUGUGGGCGUGA